ACGAAGGACUUAUAGGAGUGACCUCCGGCUGAGGGAUAAGUGGGGGAGCGAGCAGAGGAGAUGUCUGAGCCUAUUAGAGUUCUGGUGACCGGCGCUGCUGGGCAGAUUGCCUAUUCUCUGCUCUUCAGCAUCGCCAAGGGAGAUGUCUUUGGCAAAGAUCAGCCGAUCGUCCUGCUCCUCCUGGACAUCACCCCCAUGCUGCCGGUCCUGGAAGGUGUCGUCAUGGAGCUGCAGGACUGUGCCCUCCCACUUCUGAGAGAGAUUGUCCCCACCGACAAGGAGGAGGUGGCCUUCAAGGACCUGGAUGCUGCCAUCCUGGUGGGCUCCAUGCCCAGGAAGGAGGGCAUGGAGAGGAAGGAUCUGCUCAAAGCCAACGUGGCCAUCUUCAAGAGCCAAGGAGCCGCUCUGGACGAGUAUGCCAAGAAGACCGUCAAGGUGCUGGUUGUUGGAAACCCUGCCAACACCAACUGUCUGAUUGCAGCUAAGUCUGCUCCUUCCAUCCCCAAAGAGAACUUCUCUUGUCUGACCCGUCUGGACCACAACAGGGCUCGCUCUCAGGUUGCCAUGCGCUGUGGUGUUCCUGCCACUCAUGUGAAGAACGUGAUCAUCUGGGGCAACCACUCGUCCACCCAGUAUCCGGAUGUGCACCACUGCCUGGUCAACAUGUCCGGCAGCGAGCUCGCCUGCUUCGAUGCAGUCAAGGAUGACGCCUGGCUCAAAGGAGAAUUCAUUGCUACGGUUCAACAGCGAGGUGCUGCAGUCAUCAAGGCCAGGAAGCUGUCCAGUGCCAUGUCUGCAGCCAAAGCCAUCUGUGACCACAUGAGAGACAUCUGGACCGGCACCCCCGAGGGUGAGUUCAUCUCUAUGGGCGUUUACUCCACUGGUAACCCUUACGGAGUCACAGAAGACCUCAUCUACUCAUUCCCUGUCCAGAUCAAGGACAAGAGCUGGAAGAUUGUAGGCGGUCUGAACAUCAACGACUUUUCCCGAACGAAGAUGGACACCACGGCAUCAGAGCUGAUAGAGGAGAGAGACACAGCUGUGAGUUUCCUGGCAGCAUGACUAGACCCUGCAGGACCACCCCGACACCCAGAUAGUGACAAAACCCCAGACGCUCGCCUGUGAAGAAGCACUCCACCAAGCCCAGCUUUACCCCAGAUCACUGUGGGCAUGAGUUGAGAGACUGAGUCGGUGUUUAUGGGUGUGAGGCUGGUUUUAUACUUGUAUGCUGAAAGGAUGCAGAUCAGAACCAACAUAGUUUGUGAUCUAGAAAAAAAAAGCUUGUGUAAAAGUUUACUUUGGUUACAAAUGAUUGGACAGAAUUAGUCUCCUGUUUUACUCGCUGUAUUUCAUGAGUAUAACUCCACCAUUAGUAUGUGGUAUUUACUCAAAGUCCGGCAGAUUUGUUAGCAGCUGCUGUCUGAUUUGUUUCUCUGGGGUAACUGAAUGGAUGGUUGUUACAGAGUCAGUGAGGCACUAAGUCUUCAAACACUGGAAAAGCUGAAACAAUAAAAAGAAUUAAAUGAC